UGCUAAAUAUCAUCAUCAUGUCUGUUUGACAGAACAUUUCUGCUAUGAUGGAUAAUGUUUCAGUGAUUUCCAUGUUUACUCUUUCAGGGUUCAGUGGCACAUUCAGCCACAGAGUCACUCUCUUUCUGCUCACCUUGCUGUGUUAUUGUGUGAUUUGGUUGGUGAAUCUGACAAUCGUUGUAACAAUUAUCAUGGAUAAAAACCUCCAUGAACCAAUGUACAUCUUCCUCUGUAAUCUGUGCAUCAAUGGACUUUAUGGGACUGCAGGAUUUUAUCCUAAAUUUCUCCAUGACCUCCUGUCCACCAGGCAUUUAAUUUCUGUUCCUGGAUGUUUUCUGCAGGGUUUUAUGAUUCACUCCUCUGUCUGUGCUGAAUUAUCUCUGCUCGCUCUAAUGGCUUAUGACAGAUACGUGGCUAUAUGUCGUCCUCUGGUGUACCACUCUAUAAUGAAUACAAAAAGGGUUGGUGUUUAUGUAUUUUUUGCUUGGAUUACUCCAUUUUUUCUCAUGUUUAUAAGCACAGGCACAACAGUAACAUCAACGUUUUGUGGAUCCCACAUACCAAAGAUCUACUGCAUCAACUUGUUGAUUUCUAAACUGGCUUGUUCUGCCUCAAUAGCUCAGGUUGUCUUUCCAGCUUUUAAUUACACGUUUUAUGUUGGCCAUGCAGUUUUCAUUGUUUGGACUUAUUUUUUUCUCAUCAAAUCCUGCAAAGCGUCUAAAGAGAACAGAAGUAAAUUCAUGCAGACGUGUUUGCCACAUUUGCUCACUUUGAUGAAUUUUGUUGGAUCGGUGUUGUUUGAUUUGCUGUACGUGCGAUUUGGCUCAAAGGACUUGUCAGAAAACGUGCAGAAUUUCAUGGCGAUGGAGUUUCUUGUCAUUCCGCCGAUUAUCAACCCCUUGAUCUACGGGUUGAGACUGACACAGUUACGAAAAAGAAUUGCACAUUUCUUAUGCUGCACAGGUUCAGUGUGUAGAUAAAAGUCAUGAACAAGUCCAGCAAAUCAACUCCUGCUACAUUUGAUACACUGACACCAAUUAUCACCAAUUUAGUGUAAUUGAUUAAAUUAUACCAAAUUGGUAGAAAUUACAAAUUUCACCAAAUGUAUAAUUUUUUCUUUUGUUAUAAUAUGGCAUAUAGUCUAAGACCAGUGUAACCUGUAAUGGCUCCUCUUUUGUAACCAAAGUAUCUAAACAUGUAAAGGAUUUUUAAAAUCUACUUAAAGUCAAAGUAGAGAAACCAAAUAAGCAGCAAAUAUAUAAAAAAAAAAACUUGGAGAUGAAGAAAAUAACUAAAUAAACCAGAAUAAAUAAACAAGCAAAGGAAACGAUUAAAAAAAAUCUGUAUUUGUAAUGACCAACUGUGUAAACAACUUUCACUAUAAGGUUGCAUAUAUUAGAUUUUGUAGUGUGUAAAUAUACAUAGUAAGAAAUAUGCAAAUCCUCUCAAGAUUAUCUACUGUUGUUUUAACUAAGAGUUGUUUUUUCUCUGCUUGAGUCUGAAGACAGGUGUUUCUAAAAAGAGGACUCCUCUGCAACAUUACAACAAUGUUGAUUUGUUUUGUAAAGUCGUGUUCAGUAAAUUUGAAUGAGGCUCAUUUGU